AUGGCGGAACCAUCACUAUCUAUCCUCACCUGCACUGAAAUGAACGAACUUGAAACGCAGAUGGUUCACGUCGACGAUUUUGCUCGUCUGACCUCGUCGACGAGUGACGCAAUACCUGACCCAGUGUCGCGCACAGGAGCCAUUGAUCCGAACGCUUCAGGAGUCUCCUCGUUUCAUACAAUCGAGCCGCAGGAAAUCCACGACGCGAUGCUUCGUCAGGAUACUACACUAGCAGCUGAAAGAGAUCCAGCAGUUGCAGAAGCUGUAGCGAACGAUCAAGAUGAGACUGUUUUAAGAGAUUCUGAAGAGGUCAGACAACUUGACGAUUAUCGAGACACUUGUAUGGACUCAAAUGAGGCCAUUAAUCAGCAUCAGUCGGUAAUUGAUCAUGAUAAGAUGGACGUGGAUGCGAUUCCACCACCAAUUGACCAAGAUCAGGCUUUUCCGAAGGAGAUCCAUGAAGAGACUCAUCGAGCGGCGACGGACCAGGAGAUUUCUGGAGCCCCGACUGACCACGAGAUCCAUGAAGGCGCUGACCAUAAAGACUGUGGCUUGAAAACGUCCAGCACAAAAGAAGAGGUGAAAAUGGAGUCGUGCAAUGAGGUGGAAUCGCCGGCGGUGAUAGAAGCUACAGGAGCCGUCGCGACUGAAGCUACAGAAUCCACGGCGAAAGUUGCAGGUGACGCAGAGGCUGAAGUCCCAGGAGCGGCGACGAUUGAAGUCGCAGGAGACGUGGCGACAGAAGCUGCAGGAGAAACGGUAACAAAAGUUGAAAGUGCGUCAGUUGACCAUGUGGAGAGUCGAGGGGAAGAAGCGCCAGUUCCGGCUGGUGAAGCAAACGAGGACGUGAAGAUGGAAGACGUAAACGACGGGGCCCAUGGCAGCGACGAGUCCACCGAGGCCAACCAAGGUGCGACUGACGGCAGCAACGACGCGAACAAGGAUGACGGCACUGGCGAUGUCGUCGCUGCGAGCGACAAGGAAGGCGACACUGCGAAGGACGACGCCGAAGCUAGAGCCGCGAAUCCCGCAAUGGAUGCCGACAACGCCGCUAAUUGCAGCUCCCCUCGGGCGACGUCGCAAAAAGCUAACGACGCUUCUGCGAUGUCGCCUCCGAGAGACCCCGCCGUUGCCGCGUUAGGCGCUGAGACCAACGGCGACACGCCUCCGCCGUCAAAGCCUGGCGCCGGCACGCCGAGCUUCUCCGUGGGGACGCCGUCCGUUGCGGCGGAUACUCCGCGGCAGCAGACUAUCAGUCCGGACAGCCAGUCCAGCCUGGUCGAUCCAGGCCUGGUCGCAGAUGAGAGCGCGGCGCCUUUCACCAUCAGCCAGUGGCAGCAGCUGGAGCAGCAAGCGCUCAUUUUCAAGUACCUUGUCUCCGGCGCCGCCGUCCCUCCUGAGCUUAUCGACUCGCUCUAUUCCACCGCGGACUCGCCUCGCCAAUCACCCGACGGCCCUGCGUCGUGGGCCACACCGCUCAAGGACGCGGAGCCCCUCAGAUGCCGCCGCACGGACGGCAAGAAGUGGCGGUGCUCGCGAGAGGCGGUGACGGACCAGAAGUACUGCGAGCGCCACAUGCAUCGCGGCCGAAACCGGGUGGGCAAGUCGCGAAGGCUCAGCGACAAGGCGACGGCCGGCUCGUCGCUGUCCAUCCAGGCCGCGUCGUCCGAGGGGCCCAUGGGGUGCGUGGAGGGCACGUGCUCCGCCAUGACUGACACGUGCACCGACACGCCCUGCCACAAGGGGCUCGUGCCCAAGUUCGAGCUCGGUUCGGUGUCGAAGCUGGAGAUUGGCUCGGUGUCGAAGCUGCGGUUGAAUACGGACGAUGUGGGUUCGAGUGUUACGCGCGGGGCCCUUGGUUGCUCCAAGCAACUCGCCAUCCAGCUCUCCCCAGAAAACACCGGAUCACCAGUCCCGACCGGCCAACAGCCCCACGACCCUGCGUGCACCCCUUCCGCUGCCGCUGCUCCCGCCGCAUCUGCCAGCGCAGCCGCUGUCUCCGACGCCACUGCAGCUCCGUCGUCCUCUGCCGUGUUUACCCCGUUUGGCCUUCCCGAGCCCACGCCCGCUCCUUCCUCUGCCUCCGCGCCUCCCCCUGAAGCCGUCUCCAGCAGUGGUAACCAGUGGCAGGCACAACCGGCCCAGGCACCACCCGCUCAACAGCAGCAGCAGUGGCAAUCCCCUUGCCCAGCUCCGCAGCAGCAGACGCCUCGGUCACAGCAACAAGGCGGGCAGUGGCAGGGCCAGAACCAGCCGUGGCAGCCAGAUCACACUAAGCAGGCGCACGGGCAGGCACCCAUGACGCCAGUUAUGCAGCCACAGCAGCAGCAAGGCAUGGGGCAGGCCGGGCAACCUCCGACCCAGCAGACGCCGUACACGCCUCAGCAGGGGCAGUCGAGGCAGGGCGCGGGGCAGAGAGGCGAGGCGUGCAAGUUCAGCUCGCGCGCCCUGGUGCUCAGCGGCGAGCCUGAGUCGCCUGAGACCCACCCUCUCGUCUCCGCCCGCUCUGCUUAUGCUGACGCGCCUCCCAAGACCCAGCAGCCCCUACAGCAGCAGCAGCAGAUGCGGGUGCAGGCAGUCCAAGGGCAGCAGCAACCCAUGAACGUGCAGCAUCAGGCGCAGCCUCAGCCGCAGGUGCAGGUGCCUGUUCAGCAGGCGCCAAUGCAGCAAGCGUCAAUGAUGCAGCCACAGCCGAUGCAAACCACAGCCAUUGAUGACAGCCCAUGGGAAGAGGCGUCAGCCUUGAUAGGCCGAUCACCCAACCUGGGUCCGUUGCCGUGUGUGGACGACGCUGACGACUGCAGCCUCAUCAGUGGGCCGCCCUCACAGUACUUCUCUGUCAACCCCUCCGACUCCCAGGAUGCCUUCCUGGCCGCCUGA